CUGUGGCUUUGUAAUUGUUUUAAAGUUGUAGAAGGAAAAUAUUUGUGAUAAUCUUAAAGGAAUAUCUGUAAUUAAUUUUUAAUUGUAUUGAUAUUUAAAGUAUUACCAAAAUAGAAGCGCGUUGGUUUUUAAUUUGUUAAGUUCUUCGUUUGCAUAGAUAUAUUUGUGAAUAUUUUAUUUUUUACGUGGUUCGAUUAAAAUGUUUUAAACAACAAGCAUCAAAUGUGAUAUGGAUUUGGAGAUUGGAUUAGAUUUGGAUAUUGAUGAGUAUGAAUUGACCAAUUUCAGCAACCAGCAGUCAUCGGCACCUACUUCUGAGUUGGGAGAUGCUGGGUCACCAUCAUCAUCUCUGUUAAAUGAAGAUCUAAUACAAACAAAUAAUAUUAAUAUCCUACUCAAACAGUGCAAUACAACUACUAGUGCGGGCAGUAGCUGUGCCAACACAUUUUUUUCCAACAGCUCGUUUACAUCAUUACUGGGAAAUGAUCCUAUUUUGCCUAUAGCGGAAGAUAAACCCUCAAUUAACUCGAAACGUGGCCCGGGACGUCCACGAAAAGAAAAUCCACUGUUAUCGUUUCGUGCACCAACAAAGCAACAAUUACAACAAACAAAAAAGAAACCGAUUAAAGAUCCAUUUACUCAAUCGACAUAUCUGAAUACGUUUGUGAUUGAAAGUCCAAACAUGGGGUUUGCCGAAGAAUCAACAUCUAACAAACCAGCAACGGUGACGACCGUCCACAAUGAGGAAUUGCCUUAUUUUGCUGAAAAAUAUCCUGGAAAAGUAUGCAUUUUAUGCAAUUUAUGUGAACGUAGUUCACUAGGACAGGGCGACAUGCUAAAGAUUACUGUCAAUGGAGAAACUUUAAAAACCGCUUUCGCCUCAACAUCCGAAAUAUUAAAAACUCAAGACGAAAAUCAAGAGAACAGCACAGAUAGUGGUCGCAAAAAGGCAUUGUCUACCAUCAAGACAAAAGUUACUGUUAAUAAUGAAUGUGUAAAUGAAUUAGAUAAUGUAGGUCAUGAUGAAGUGCCUUCCCUUGAGAAUAUUAUUUUUGAGGGAUGUUUCGUAUACAUUCAUAGUAUGUGUGCUAUGUGGUCACUGCAACUGAAACGCAUCGAGGAAGAUUUUGUGCCGAAUUUUGAGGAAAUGGUGUCCAAAAGUAUUACUCGUAAAUGUUCAUUCUGUUUGCGGUAUGGUGCCAGUAUAAACUGUCGCAUGAGUUGUCAGAAAAACUAUCAUUUGCCAUGUGCUGCUGCGGCUGGAUGUUUUCUUAUAAUUGAAUCUUUUCAAGCAUUUUGCGUUGAACAUAUAAGUCAAGUACCAUUUAUAGCAGUGGAUACCAAUAUUGAGUGUCGCCAAUGCUGCGGUUUGGGAGACAUAGCAAAACUUAUAAUGUGUUGUAGCUGUGGCGCUCAUUACCACACUAAUUGUAUAGGAUUAGCAAACUUUCCUGAUUCUCGAUCUGGCUGGAAUUGUUCGCAAUGUUGUAAAUGUUUAAUUUGUCGUCAAACGGAAAACAAUGAAAAUCGUUCUGUUAAAUGUGAGCAAUGUCAAAAAAUAUACCAUACUACAUGUUUGAGACCCAUUAUAUCAUCUGUACCCAAGUAUGGCUGGAAAUGCAACCGCUGUCGAGUAUGUAGUGACUGCGGUGCUCGCACACCAGGCGCUGGCGCUUCCUCUAGAUGGCAUUGUCACUACACGAUUUGUGAUUCUUGUUAUCAACAACGUAAUAAAGGUUUUUCGUGUCCUAUUUGCCAUAAGGCAUACCGAGCAGCUUCCCAUAAAGAAAUGGUGAAAUGCAGCAAAUGUAACAAGUUCGUUCACAGCACUUGUGACGAUGAAGCAGAUUUAAAUAUUUACCAUGUAAAAAAGGAAACGAAUCCAGAUUAUGAUUAUGUUUGCCAACCAUGUAAGUCGGGUAAGCAUUUAAUGUCUUUUGCCUCCACCGAUUCUUUAACCACAUCAGCUGAUGGAUUUCCGCGAGAUUUGGAAGCGGAAUUUUAUGACAAGGACAGUGGAGCUGAUUAUACCAAUAUGGUAGAUCCGUUGAAAAUUUCCAAAAAACGUAUAAGUCUUAAGGAGUUGAAUCGUGGCGGAAAAAUGGGUAAACUGAUUAUGGGAAAGGGAAUUCUCAGUCAGUUCAAUCGUAAACGUAGUGUACGUGGCAAGGGAAGACAAUUGUUAAUGUUGAACUCUUCGUCAACUCCCUCUACGAGUAGUGAUUUGAAUAGUUCUCAAUGCUCCGAAGAUGAUAUGUCGUUGGAAAAGAAAUUGGUUUUAUGUUCGGCUAAAGACAAAUUUAUUCUCAUGCAAGAUAUUUGUGUCAUGUGUGGUGCCUUAGGUACAGACCAAGAAGCAUGUUUGAUUGGAUGUGUUCAAUGUGGCCAAUGUUAUCACCCACACUGUGCCAAUGUAACGCUUUCAAAAACAAUGCUUCAAAAGGGCUGGCGUUGCUUAGACUGCACAGUAUGUGAAGGUUGUGGACAGAAGAAUGAUGAAGGUAGGCUAAUAUUAUGCGACGAAUGUGAUAUUUCCUACCACAUCUACUGCAUGAGUCCACCAUUAGACGCUGUACCUAAUGGUAAUUGGAAAUGUAAAUGGUGUGCUAUUUGUCAAAAAUGUGGUCGCAAUUCACCGGGUAAGAACUCGUCCUGGUUUAAUGGCUUUUUAGAGUGUGGACCCUGUGCAAGCCAAGCUGCUUGUUUUGUCUGUAAUCAAUCGUAUAAUGAAAAUGAACUAAUCAUACAAUGUAGUAGUUGUGAACGCUGGUCACACUGCCUAUGCGACAAUAUAAAAAAUGAAGAAGAAGCUAACGCUUUUAAUGAUGUUGAUUAUCAUUGUAAAAUAUGCCGCAAGGACAUUGUUACACCGAAAGUUCAACCAGCAAAGGUGUCACAAGGUGAAAAAUGUACUCAGAAAGAAGUGGCAAAUGUUAAACCAUCGGCCAAUGAUACAAUACAAGACAAUAAUAGUGGUGCUCCACUAACAACCGCUUCUGCAAAUGCAACUAUAAAUGAAGCUUUCGAAAACACGGACAACACAUUCUGGAUAGAUGGCGUUUGCGUUAGCGAACAAGGAUUCAAUAUGAUUCGCUCUCUGACUACGGAAAUAAAAAGAAAACGCAAAUUACGUACGGAUGUUGUACAGAAAGACUCAGGUAUUAUGUCAUCCAUAGAUUCGGUAAUUGCUGGCAAUUCCACGCCGACUCCAGGAGAUGGUAAUGAUGGAAACACUACACCAGUAGACAAACUACCGACUCCCACCUAUAAGGAUGGUAUGGUGUGGUUGGGCGAAGAUGGCAGCCAACCAGAAGGCUUCUCAAUCUCCACUAAUGAAGAAGGUUUAAAUAUUUUGCGUAAAAAGCGUCAGCGUAAUUUGCAAAAACUUGGUAUUGGAGGUUUCAAUGUGCGCAUGCGUGGUAUACGCAAAGAAAAUGAAGAGCUUUACAUGGGCACUUUAGAAAAUCCAUCCCUAACCGAUGAAAAGAAGAAGAAAAUUAUUAAGAAAAAAAUGAAGUCCAAAUUGUGCGAAUCAUAUCCAUCAUAUCUACAGGAAGCCUUCUUCGGCAAACCACUCUUAGAUAAUAAGGAAUCAUCACGCAUUUCAUUUGAAGACUCGGAUGAAUCAGAUACAGGCGCAUGUUUCUCCAGUGAUAACUAUAAACCAAACAUCAAGGAAGCAAAUAACUCGACUACAAAUAUACAGAUUCCAUCCAAUCAACAACAAACUAUGACACAACAAGGGCCGGAAAACAAACCUCAAGUAAAAAUUGGUAUACAGCAAAAGUUAGUUAAUGAAAUUUCAAAACCAGUGACAACAAUGCCUUCUGUGGGUACCACCUCCACAACCACCAACACCUUGGAAACGGAUCAAUCAGAUCUAACACAAAAUAUGCAGAGAAAUGUUUUAAUUUCAUCGGCCAAAAUUGAAGAAACUUUAAAAGCAAUAAAAACUGAAGAUAUUGUUUCAAAUAUGCCAACUGAUUUUAUUGCGAAUUCAAACAAUAAUAUGGGAUUGAAUUCUAUUAAAAUGGAAAUGGGUGGUCAAUAUAAUAAUGUGAACCUAAUUCAAAAUAACAAUAACGUGAAUAUGCAACAUAUUCAGCAAAACAAUAAUCAAAUACAGCAACAAACAUUUAUGGCUAACAAUAUCGGACUAAAUAAUCAACAGCAAUUGCAGCAGCAACAACAACAACAGGCCCAACAGCAAAUGCAACACCAGUUACAGCAACAGCAAAUACAACAUCAACAACAUCAAAUGCAGCAGCAACAGCAUUUGCAGCAACAACAACAAAUGCAACAGCGUAUGCAAUAUCAACAAACGCCGUAUAACACAAUGAAUAUUCAAAAUAAACAUCCUUCUCAGUAUUUAACUCAAAAAUCUGAAGAUCCAAUGUUAAGUCAAAUAAAAGUAGAAAGAGAUGUUAUGCUGGCACAAGCCACUGCCACAAGUGUUUCAAAUGACUCUCAAGAAAUGACGCAACAACUAGAGGAACCGGUCAAAGAGGCAGCUGUAGCUGGAACACAAAAAACCGCAGAAAAAAUGCGAAAAGAUGAAGAUUUGGGUGAGAUGGCAACUAUAUCGGCUGUUUUAUAUGCCAACACUCAACAUCCGGAGCUUAAACAUUUAUAUCCUAAUUGGAAUGAACGUUGCAAACAAAUUCUCAAAAAGUGGCGCUCACUGUCAACGGAAAUGAAAGCUCCAUUUUUGCAACACGCAAAAGAUAAUCGUUCCGUUUUGAGAUUAAAAAGAUCCCAACAGGAACCUGAAAAGAUGUAUUUCCAACAAAAGUCUUUAAAGGAACAAGAACAGGAAAGAGUAUGGAAACAGCAUCAGGCUAAAAACAAGGAAACCUAUAGUAAUAAAUUUAAUAAAAAUGCAUUUAUGGGUGACUACUCACGAUCGGAACCUACUACGCCCGUUGUCAAUAGUAAUGCAAAUAAUAAUAAACAGCCACAACAACCCAUGUUUGAUAUGAAUAUUUUUACCGACAAUAAUCCUCAAAACAAAAUGCAAUCGAAUCUGUUGGGUUCGGCCAAUGACAAUAACAUGAGCUCAAUAAUACCAAAUCAAUUAGCUUGCGACAACAACAAAUCUCUAACGCAACUUGAACAACAAGACUCUUUCAUGUCCACACUAAAUCAAACUAUUCAACAACAACAACAAUCUCAACAACCUCAACCUACAAUGGAUGCUGUAGCUAAAGUCUUCGACUCCAGCAAACCAGAUUCAGCUCUUCAACUUUCCGAACGUAAUGACAUAUUCUUAACGGAUAAAAAUUGGCCAGGAGUGUCUAAACUUACAGAUUCUAAAGAUCCCAUGACUAGUGGGGUAGAAAAAUUAGAAGCCGAUGAGAAUGCCGGUUUGGGUGACAUUCUCGGUGGUUUUGCUGAUGGCGAUGAUGACGAUAUACUUAAAUCAUUAACAGCUGAAAUUGGUGAUGAUUUUAAUAUACUAGAGUACGCUGAUCCAGAGUUAGAUGAAUUUAAUGGCAGCCAAAAUCUUUUAAAUAAAUUGGAUUUUGACGAAAACCAAAAAACCAUUUAACACUAAAAAUGUUUAUUCAACAUUUAGAUCGUUAUUUAUCAUAGUCCUCAGUUGUGACGCAUUCAAAAGUUUGAAAUAAAAAUUAAGCGUAAUGUAUUCAAUAAAAUUUAUAAAACUAUUUUAUUAUAAAACUA